AGUUGUAUCUCGUGCCUGCUCAAGUUAAGACCGUACACGAAAAGUGCCAUUGUGUUUACAAUAGUAUUUAAGUUGUAACAUAUUAUCACUUUUAAACAUUACAUAGUCUUCUUUUGUGUUUUAAAUAAAAAAUUAUGACGACCUUACUCUGAUAAUGAUUUAAAGACAUAUUUCCCUUAAAAAAAAGCUAUUUAAAUAUUUACUCAUCAUUUCAUUCCUGGAUUAUAAUUUAUAAUUACUAUAAGUUACUUGAAAGUUCUAUUGUUAAGAUUUAGUUCGAUUUUAGACCACCGACCUAUUUAGUAAUCAAGCUAUAGGUUUUAAAAUAUUAGAAUAAAUUAUGAACUAUAAUAUUCGUUCAGCCAUAAGAUUCAAAAUAACUGAGAAUACUAAAUUUAUGUGCUUGUGAGUGUGUGAUUUCACUGACCGGUGAAACGGCACCAUUUGGCGGCUGCAGCAGGCUGGCCGGGAGAGGAGAAGUGGCUGCUCGAAGGGGAGAGACAGUCAUGCCCAAGUGCUUGCUGUUUAUAAGUCUGCGCAGCAACUGCGUAGCUUCGCCACCUCUACCUGUGUUAGUGUUAUUAUGUGUGCUUGUCGCGACGGGCGGUGCUGACAGCGAAGUCAAAAACACGUUAUGCGAUGUUUUCUUACAAGACGUCAACAAUCUUACACUGAACUGCUCCCGGCGUAGUAUCGAAACAGUUCCAAACAAGUGGCCGGAGCAAAUUGAUAAUAUUACGAAUGAAGGUGGCCAUGUUCUGAUUACGUUCUUCAACAACAGCGUAACAACAGUGACGCAACUGCCGAAGAUUCCCGGCAACAGAAUCGCCAUCAGUUUCAAGUCCAACGCCAUCAGCGAAAUAGAGGACGAUGCGUUUAGAAACAUUGAGCGUUUGGUGUAUCUAGAUUUGAGCAACAAUCGCAUAUCAGGUGAAGUAUUGAGGAGCGAAAUAUUCCAAGGACCUUACAACGAUGGCGUGUAUAGCAGUAUUGCUUUGGAAACACUGAAUCUUGCUCACAACGAAAUACACUCAUUAGACAGAUAUUUGUUCCAACACACGCCGAACCUGACUCGCUUAUAUCUGAACAACAAUCCUAUAGAAAUACUUGACCACGUCACCGUCCUCGCUCUGUCCAGUGCUGUCAACUUGGAAGUUCUAGAUUUGGCGAACGUCGAUAUCGAUUCGAUACCUCUGGACGCUUUUAGGGGCCUGAUGAAUUUGCAGCAAAUCGAUUUGUCUGGUAACAAGUUCGUCAAUGUUCCGGAGAGCUUGAGCCUGGUCGGCAGCACUCUUCAGUAUCUGACUUUCAACAACAAUCCAAUAGUGGAACUCAACGAUGACAGCUUCGUUGGGUUGACAAAUCUAGUACAACUGGAAGUCGGUGAAAAUGUUUAUUUGGAGGAAGUAAAAAGGAGUACGUUCACGCCACUUAAGAAGUUGCGGGUGCUACAUCUCUGUCACAAUCCUAACCUAAGAUAUAUAAGCCACAAUGCCUUCAGAGGUUUGAAGGAAAAAUGGACGUUGAAAGAGGUUUACUUAGAUGACAACAAUUUGAGUGAACUGUCCACGGACUUAAUGCCAUGGAGUAAAUUAGAGAUACUAGGAAUGACGGGUAACAAUUGGCUUUGCAACUGUGACUUAGCAAAUAUCAUUACAAAACAGGAGGCCGGCACCAAAUUCAAACCAGGAGAAAUUCCAUAUUGUGCUGCACCAAUGAAAUUUUCCGGAACUUAUAUAACAAACAUAACACUGAAUUUCUGCCCCACAUUUGACUCAACUUAUACUACAAAAAAAGACUUCUCUAUUUCUAGCUUAAGGCCAAAACACAUAUUGUGGAGCAUUUUUGGUGUUGCCGUUAUAGUAUGUGCUGGUAUGUUGUUAGGACUUCUAGUGAACACAAUGAAGGCUUUCUAUAAUAAAAAAAUAAGAAGUCAGCCAAUUCGUUAUAUUAAUCUUCACUCGGAUUCAAGCUUUGCUUGAUUAUAAAAGUAUAUCUACCUACACAAAAAUUGUGAAAAUAAAUUACUUCUAUACAGCAUUGAAUAAAGUAUUAAAUUGUUAUCAUAUAUUAUGUUUAUUGAUUAGUGAUAAGAAUAAAUAUAAUGCAAU